GCAGAGCGAUUUGCGUCCCGGAAGCGGUAGUGGCGCGGGACGCGGAGGAGGUUCUCGGACCUGCUACGGCAGAGUGGGAAGAGGUGCGUCGUCCGGGCCGGGCGGACCGGAGGAAACGCUCCGGGGCCCAGUGGCCUUAGCAGUGCCCCCUGGCUGUCCUCGCCUCUCCCCCCGCCAGCCCAGCGACAGGGAUGCAGACAUCAGAGCGUGAGGGGUGUGGGCCAGAGGUGAGCCCCAGCGUGAUGCCCGAGGCUCCCCCGGAGUCUCCACCUGCCCCUACCAAGUCCCCGGCAUUUGAUCUUUUCAACUUGGUUCUGUCCUACAAGAGACUGGAGAUCUACCUGGAACCCCUGAAGGAUGCGGGUGACGGUGUCCGGUACUUGCUCAGGUGGCAGACGCCAUUGUGUUCCUUGCUGACCUGCCUGGGCCUCAACAUCUUGUUCCUCACUUUGAAUGAGGGUGCAUGGUACUCGGCGGGGGCCCUGAUGAUUUCAGUGCCCGCCCUUCUGGGCUACCUUCAGGAGGUUUGCCGGGCACGGCUGCCCGAGUCUGAGCUGAUGCGGAGGAAGUAUCACAGCGUGAGGCAGGAGGACCUUCAGAGAGUUCGCCUGUCUCGCCCCGAGGCCGUGGCUGAGGUGAAGACCUUCUUGAUCCAGCUGGAGGCCCUGCUGAGCCGCCUGUGCAGUGCCUGCGAAGCCGCCUACCGGGUGCUGCACUGGGAGAACCCCGCCGCAUCCUCGCAGUUCUACGGGGCUCUUCUGGGCACGGUUUGCGUGCUGUAUCUGCUGCCACUGUGCUGGGUCCUUGCCCUUUUAAACAGCACACUCUUUCUAGGGAAUGUGGAGUUCUUCCGAGUGGUGUCAGAGUACAGGGCGUCUCUGCAGCGGCGGAUGAACCCCAAGCAGGAAGAGUGUGCCUUCGAGAGCCCCCCGCCGCCAGAUGCAGGGGGGAAGGGUGCUCUGCCAGACUGCACGCCUGCGCCCACACCCACAGAGGACCUCACGCCGGGCAGUGUCGAGGAGGCCGAGGAGGCCGAGCCUGAUGAGGAGUUUAAAGAUGCGAUUGAGGAGACCCACUUGGUGGUGCUGGAGGAUGACGAGGGUGCCCCGUGCCCGGCAGAGGAUGAGCUGGCCCUGCAAGACAAUGGGUUCCUGAGCAAGAAUGAGGUGCUGCGCAGCAAGGUGUCACGGCUCACAGAGCGGCUCCGCAAGCGGUACCCUACCAACAACUUUGGGAACUGUACGGGCUGCUCUGCCACUUUCUCCGUGCUGAAGAAGAGGCGGAGCUGCAGUAACUGUGGAAACAGCUUCUGCUCUCGGUGCUGCUCUUUCAAGGUGCCCAAGUCCUCCAUGGGGGCUACAGUAACAUAUGCUUAUUCUAGAAGAUUUGGAAAUAACAGAAGAAGAAGGAAGAGAAAAAUCCUGUAAUCUUACCACCCAGAGAUAACCACUGUUAAAACAUUUUGGAAAAUUUUCUUCUGGUAUUUUAUUUAAAAAAAAAAUUUUAAAGGUGUUCUGUUGGUGCCAAAAUAAUUUCUAAUGCAUAGAACACCUGGGAGAGGCCUGCUGUUGGUAUGGUCACCCCGAAGUCCCCGGUUCCCAUGGGAAGAGAAGUCUCCGGGGGCAGGCUAGUGAGCUGGGUCAGUGAGGAUGUGGGCUGGGCAGUGGGUGUUCUGUGGGCCUUCAGGGGGCGGGGAGGUGGUUCUAGUAUUGGGACCAUGAGCCAAAGGGUACGAAGAAGCGUCUCAUCAAGUUCUUCCUCCUUUUCAGCCCCCGAAGCCCAGAGAGAGACUGUGUUUGUGUGUGCCUCGUGUAACCAGACCUUGAGCAAGUGAGAAGAGGGGCCGGGGUCCUAGCAGGCGCCAGUCCCUGGAGCCAGCGGUAGACCCAGUCUCCCCACCCCUAGCCCCAUGUGGUGUGUGCUGGGCAAAUGUGGCCCGAACACUAGGUAGGCCUCCCCUUCCUGCCCUCACUUUCUCAGGCCGGGCUCUGGAGCUGUUCCCCACUCCUGCAGAUGGCUGGUGAUGGCUGCCCUCAAACCCCAGAGGGGAGAGGAGCUCUUGGAGGGCUUGGUGUGAUUGCCCUGCUCUGCCCUGGGCUGAGCUAGUGGACUCAGGGCUGGGCGGGGAAUAUAAGCUAGAGGGCAGCAGUGAGCCAGGCCUGGUCUCACUUGGGAUCUCUGAGCAUCAGGGUGUCUUUCCAUGCCUGGGAGUUCUAGGAGGCCGGAGAUCAGAGAUUGGGAGAAGAGAGUCUCCCUGCACUGGGUAUUGGGCCCAGCCCUCGGCCUCCAAGAGCCUGCAGAAGGACCUGGGAGCACCACGCCCUGGCUCUGCUGUUUGAAUGUCCUUCCAGGCAUUAGGAUCUCAUCAUUUCCCCAUCGGAGAGUGGGGCCAGGGCUAACAAGACCAAAGUGCUUCUAUAAACAGGGUUGAAGUUCCCAAGUUCCCCCAGAGGAGGACGUGUCUAGGAGGGCCUGGCAGGAUCCUUGGCAUUAAGCAGAACAAAGCCUGGGGAGCCCCAGCAGCCUAGAGGACCUCAGCCCCACCUUGUGGAGACCUUGACUUGCAGAAUCUCAGCCCACAUGUUGCCCUGGUGUCCUCAGCUUCCCUGGGUAGAUGCCAAGCACUCCGAUCACUCCUGCUCCCCUGCUCAGAGCCUCGGGCACACCUUCUCUGGCCCAGAGCUACAUUUCCCCUCCCUGCCCCUCGUCCCAUGGAGUGCGAGACCAUGCAAGCACAGCAGAGGUCCUGAAACCCUUGACCCUUGGGGGCCUGGGAAAUGUAGGGUCUUGCCGGGUUGGCUCCUGGAUUCCAGGGCUGUUCCCCAACAACACAGUCUCAGUUGUGUGAUAAGGUCACUUGGGUUCCCCAUCCCCUCUCCAACAAUUUCAUGUUCACUUCUGGACUUUUAGGGGCUCAGCGCCUCUCCCUAAGCCAUGAGCGGGCUCAGGCACCCCUCCCUUCCCCUGGAGCUGUCCUGCUUUUUUGAAAUAUUUAUUUAUUUAUUGCAUGGUUCCUGGGAACAUGUGGCACAAGGAAUGGGAUGAGGAGGAUGGAGGGCUUCUCCCCCAGAAUGCUUCCCUGGAGUCAUGUGCUGCCUGGGAUUCAGAGCCCCUAGGAGGUGGAGACAUUUCUAUACCCUAAGCAGGGACCCAAGGAGGCAGGUUGAGGAGACAAGGUACCAUCCUAGGCCAGGUUUCUUGUCAGGCUAACCAGUCUAGCUAGGGCUGGGCAGCCAGGGGUCUGCUCCAGGCCAGGGAGGUGCAAGGCCCUGGGGAACCAGGCGGACCUUGGUAUACCCCCUUCCUUGGGCUCCUUUGUCCUGUUAAGAGAUGAUCUUUAAGUACCCUGUGCUUUAUUGACACUGGAGAGGAACUAAAGGGAUCUCUGUGUAUAUGGGCAAUUGUCAAUAAAAGGCCUCAAGCUUCUUA